UACAGACACUCAUUUCAUGUGUGACACACUGCACAUGUGUAACAAACUAGUCAUAAAAGACUUGAGAAGAAACAUAGUGUCUCUCUCUGCUUCUCCCUUUACUGCAGGACUUUGAAUUUGCUGUUGAUGUAAAGAUCUUGUUGUUACUGAAGCUGAAAUGUUAGAAGUAUAUGAGAGUAUUCAAAAUAGUGAUUUAUGAUAAAAAAUGAUUUAAGUUUAACCCCUGUCUUUUUUCCUUUGCUUGAGCUUCUUAAUCCUACAGAUAAUAAUUGUUGACCUUGUCAACAAUGUUGCCAGAAUUUCAAUAAAUUAAAAUGAGGCAGAAAAAUAAAGUGUGCAGAGACUUCUGGUGAUGCGCACUUGAAAUAAACUGACACUGAAGUUGAAGUUGAAGUUGAUGUGCUGUCAAUGCAUUUAGAAAAAGGUUACAAUGAUGUAAGAAGGGAAGACUUUUCACAUCCAACUUGGAGAGUUAGAUUUAGUUUUAAUUGUGUAUUGUGAAGUACUGUACAUUGUUUAAAAGCAAACAUGUUAACAUUGGUGUGCCAAAUGGUUACAAAGAAUCAUGUUAAACAAUCAGAUUUUACAAAUAAAAUCUUCAAAUUUCUGAUUAACCUCUAAGGAAUUGUAUACUGUAUGUUAUUCAAAACAACAAAUCUGAUGAUUUUUAUCACACUUUGACACAAACUUUUCCCUCUUUGAGAACCACGGAGCCACUGCUGCCACAUGCUGGACAACAUGGACAAUGCUGCUAAGCUAAUCAUUAAGGAUAAUAAAAGAAGGUUAUAUCACCCAGAGUCACUUAAGUCACAGCCAGCUUUUCCAUGGAGUUUGGGCCCAGACGAGCCACAGAGAAGACAGGAGGAGCAGACAUGGAUGAGCAACCCAGCAGACCAACAUGGAGCAGGCAGAUAGAGUUUACUCUGGCUGGCAUCGGCUGCGCUGUGGGCUUGGGCAACGUUUGGAGGUUCCCUUAUCUCUGCUACAGGAGUGGAGGAGGUGCCUUCCUGGUGCCAUACUUGCUUAUGCUGGUGGUGUUGGGGAUCCCUCUGCUCUACAUGGAGCUAACUGUGGGACAGUACAUGAGGAGAGGGCCUGUCCGUGCUCUGGCUAAUGUCUGUCCACUGUUAAAAGGAGUGGGCAUUGCAUCUGUUGCCAUCUCCUUCAUCAUGUGCACCUAUUACAAUGUCGUCAUCACCUGGGCCCUCUAUUAUCUCUUUAGCUCCUUCCAGGCACCGCUACCCUGGCAGAGUUGUAACAACACCUGGAACACACCUAACUGUACUAAUCACGCCACCAACAGCAGCUACACCUCCACAGCCAGCCAGGAGUUCUUCAAAUAUAAGAUGCUGGAGCAGACUGCAGGAGUGGAGGAGGCAGGAGUGAUACGGUGGGAGCUUUUCCUCAUUCUCCUGCUGGCCUGGAUCCUCAUUUACCUUUGCAUCUUUAAGGGUGUGAAAUCGACAGGCAAGGUGGUGUACUUCACGGCUCUGUUCCCGUAUGUUAUCCUCAUUGCUCUGCUGAUCAAUAACGCUCAGCUUCCUGGAGCAAUAGAUGGGAUAACUUUCUUCAUAGUGCCGGAGUGGGACAAGCUGCUCUCAGUGGAGGUGUGGGUGAAUGCUGCAGCUCAGAUUUUUAACUCCAUCGGGAUUGGUUUCGGCUCCCUCAUGGCCAUGUCCAGCUACAACUCCUUCAACAACAACGUUCUGAAGGACACACUGACUAUAUCCAUCAUCAACUCUGUCACUAGUAUCCUGGCAGGCUUUGUUAUUUUCUCUGGUUUUGGAUACAUGUCUCACUUGCAGGGCAUUCCUGUCAGCAACCUGGCUGUGGAUGGUCCAGGACUGGUUUAUGUUGUUUACCCACAAGCCUUUGCCAACAUGCCAGUGUCUCAGCUCUGGGCUGUGAUGUUCUUCUUCAUGCUUCUUUGCCUCGGACUGGACAGUGAGUUUGCAAUGGUUGAAGUGAUGGUGACCAGUCUCAUGGACGAAUUCGAUCAAAAGCUGAUUAAAUUCUUCAAGCGCAAGGAGCUGUUUGUUCUUGCAGUUUGUUGUGCAGCCAGCAUUCUUGGGAUUCCUUGUGUCAUGCAGGUGGGGAUCUAUGUUUUCCAGCUGAUGGACCAUUACACAGCCAUAGUGUCCAUCAUGUUUCUUGCGUUCUUUGAGGUUAUAGCCAUCUGUUGGAGUUAUGGUGUGAAUCGACUUUCAGACAACCUGGAAGAGAUGACUGGAAAGAGAGCAAACAUCUUCUUCAGGCUGUGUUGGUUAAUAGUUGCACCUGUGCUGAUCACUGUCAUCCUCAUUUUCUCCAUCAUCCAGUUCAAACCAGCUCGCUAUGGAGACUAUGUCUUCCCUCCCUGGGCUCAGGGGGUCGGCUGGGUCAUAGCCAUGGCCUCCAUCAUCUGGAUUCCUUUGGGUGCCAUUCACACAUUGUGGGUGUUACCUGGUUCAUUCAUGCAGAAACUGAAACUGUCCAUCGCACCAUAUGCCCUGAAUGAGACGUCAAAAAUGCCAUAUUAUGAAGGAGGAGGGAACAGAGGAGGCAGAUAUCCAGUCAUUGCCGUCAUCAGCUCCACCGUCUCUCUACCUGACAAACCUCCUGUUCAGACAAACCUCUGAUACCUCUGUGCUUUGCACAGUUAGUGUUCAUCAAACCACCAGCUGGAGCAGAUUUUUAAUAAGCACAAGUUAAUCACAAAUUAUGGUUACCAUUAAGUUGAAAUCUUUCACAAACCUCUGGUGAGACAGAUAAACAGAAAUAUACUAAAAAAAAAAAAAAAAUUUACAUGAUUGUGAAAAGGUAUUGCUGCAUAUCUGCCAUGCAGAUAUUUUAAAAUGGCCAUUUUUGUGAGCCUGUUUGUUUAAUUUGUGAUAUUUUGUUGAACUUCUGCUGCCCAUUUUUAAUACAAUAAGAUGUUGUGAACAGUCAGUGUUUAGAAUCUGUUAUUGUUGUGUGCAUCGUUAAUGUCUGACCUACACUUCCUCUGUUGCAAGACAGAACACCAAAGAAGUGGAGCUCAACUUCACUGCCUUGACUUUGUUUUGCUAAGGGUGCCAUCUCUUGGCCAUGUCUGUCAAUGCACUUAUGUGUGUUAAAUCUCAGAUAAGGUACUGUAUUCAGAUUUAGUACUGACAUUUUACCUAAUAAAAUGACAAGGAAACACCACUAUUUAACAUUUGUAGAUAACAGAGCUUAACUUUUAUAUUGAGCCAUGUUCUUUAAAAAUAAAUAAACCACUGUUGUUGAUU